AUGACCGCUAUACCUACACACAAAGUCCACGACCUUGCAAAGGCCGGGUUUGGGAAGGGGACGAAUGAGCUUUACGAUAAAGCACGCCCCUCGUACCCACCUGAAGCACUCGAAGUCAUCCAUAAAGCACUUGGGUCGAAAGAAUCCAUUAACGUCGUCGAAAUCGGUGCUGGAACAGGCAUAUUCACGCGCUGCUUUCUCUCGCACCCUUCCUUCCAAUCCAGCGUCUCUGCAAUCAAAGCUAUUGAGCCAAGUGAAGGCAUGCGAAGCGUCUUCUCUAAAACCGUUACAGAUCCCCGAGCAAGCGUGGCGGAGGGUACGUUCGACAACGCAACAGGUGUGGAAGAUGGGUGGGCAGAUUUGAUUGUUAUUGCUCAGGCGUUCCAUUGGUGCCCCGACCACGAGGCCGCCAUCAAGGAAUUCGCGCGAGUCCUCAAACCUGACGGGAUAGUUGUCUUCAUCUGGAACCUCGAAGACAGGGAACGCGCCCGCUGGGUAGCCACCCUCCGCGACUCAUACGAAACCUAUGAACAAAACUCUCCACAGUACCGCCUCGGUCUCUGGCGCGCCGUCUUCUCCGUCCCCUCCUACGCCGCAAACUUCAAUCCACACGAAGAGACCAUUGUCUCUCACUCUAUUCCCGCCACGGAGCAAAGUGUGCAAGACCGCGUAUGCAGCAAGAGCUACAUUGCUAUCCAGCCACCAGAUGUUCAGAAGCAAGUGAGAGAGAGAAUACGCGAGAUUGUUGAGAAAGGUGAAGAGAAGGUGUGGAUUGAUAAGGAGAAGGGAGUGUUUGAGUACCCGUAUAAAACGGCUGUUGUCGUGUUGCGCAGGAAGCAAUCUCAAGUUCCGUGGACGACGUUACGCAUCGAAAUCGCUGUUAAUUUUUCUCGUUCACGUCCGAAGUGCAGGCUUCAGAUCAAGCUCAAAGAUGAAAUGAAAACACGGUACGAAUCGAAGGUGUUCAGAGAGCUGGAAGCUCUACAAUGGAAUUGCGACGUAUACGUGAAAUCCCCAAGCAUAGCUAUAAUGACGAUACAGAGUUCUGUAAAUGCUCUGAGAAGGGAUUGCAUUGCCAAAGUGCAACUUGACUUUGGCUCGGCCGAUUUCUGUGACAACAACACAGUCGAACGAACCAAUCUGAGUCACGGGUUCACCGUCAGGCUAACAGUUGGAGUCUCGGGAAAUAACAUCGACGUUGCUCGGUUGCUUGCCAAUAAGGCCGUCUCUGCUCUCGCAAUAAAGAUAUCUAUGCUGGAGAAGAUGGACAAGGUCCUCGGAUAUCUUGAUGUUUUCCUGAGUUUUGGAUCGGCUGUCUCCGAAGCCCACCCUUACGCCAAGGCCGCUAGUGUUGGUCUUAACGCAGCUUUUAAGAGAUUCCAAGAGAUUCCGACUUGUCAUCGCGAGUUUGUGAACAUCAUGGACGACGUCGUUUUGUUAUUACCCCUUCUUGAGCUAUUGCAAAGACGCAUUGAGAAUGAGGCAGUAAAGAACAUCUUGAGUAAUUUCAUUGACAUCAUCAAACGGUUGUCUAGAGAUCUAUAUCGUUAUUCCUCUAAGCCGCUGUUCGGGUUUCUGCUGCACAAUUGGUACAAAUCGAAAUUGAAUGAGGUCAAAGCAUUCAACGACCGGUUAAAUCGGUUGUGUUCAACCCUGAAUAUUGCUAUCUCCAAUGAAAUUCAUCAGUAUCAACUUUCAGAGGAAGACGAAAAGGUACUCCGACAACUAAAACCGCCAGAGAAAAGCUCCUUCGACUUGAAACGCUGCUGCCUCCAGGGCACAAGAAAAGCUGUGUUACGAACGAUUGAUGAUUGGAUACGUUUGACAGAUCGAUGUGAACAGCUUUACUGGAUUCAUGGUGUUGCGGGGUGUGGAAAGAGUUCAGUUGCAGCGUCAAUUUCAGCCGUAUUGGAUUCGCGCAAGACUCUAUCUGGUUCAUUUUUCUGCAGCAGGGACAUCCCGGAGCGGAGGAGUUCAACCCGACUCGUUCAUUCUCUUGUGUAUUUCUUAGCAAGGGCUAGCCCUCCUUCUAAGGAUGCCCUCCUACGACUGCUUAAGGAAGACCCUGAACUUGUGGAUAGGCCAUUGCUGACCCAAUUCAAAGCGUUGCUGUCAUGUUUCCGCCUGACGAUGUCAGAUUCCACGCAAUCCAGGCCAAUCAUCCUUGUUAUCGAUGCCUUGGACGAGUGCGAGGACAACGAGGAUGCAUCUUCGUUCAUUGUGAAAAUUUUACAAUUGGUGCCUCAUCUCAAGAUCAUCUUGACAAGCAGACCCCUUCCACGUAUACAGGAAGCGUUGACAGCGUUCGAGACACUAAGAUCUUGCGAUUUGUUCAAGGUGGACAGUUAUGCCGAUAUUCUCCACUAUGCUCGUGAAGAGUUCUCCAAGUCCAACACACGUCUGCCGAGGAAAUUCCCCGAUGAUCAGAUUGUUGCCCUUGCACAGAAGGCAUCUGGACAUUUUAUAUGGAUUGCCACAGUCCUGAAGCAUAUCAGCAUUCUGCCUUGGAGAAAGGAGGAUACAUUGACGCAAAUUAUUUGUUCGACCCGUUCAAAUUCCCCAGGAGAGGAAAAACUCGAUGCUAUAUACCAGCGCGUGCUCGAUGACGCCUGUGAGGAUUCUCAGGAGCGAAUGGAUGCAAUCAGACUGCUCAUUGGACUCAUCUUCGCGACCUCAAGAAAUAGACCACUACCCGCGAAAGCGCUGCAUACUUUCGUCACUAUCGAUAUCAGGUUUGACGAGUUCCAGAGACUAUUGCAGGAGUUAGGUUCGGUUCUGACCGAGGAGUCCGAGACAGGUGCUAUCCGAGCGUGUCAUCCUUCAUUUCUUGAUUUCGUUGAAAGUCCCAGAAGAGCGAGGCAUUAUGGGAUCGAAAUGGCAAUAUUGGAUAAGGAUAUGGCGAAGAAAUGCCUGGAUAUCAUGGUAUCGGAACUCAAGUUUAACAUAUGUAAUCUGGAAACUUCGCAUCUCCCGAAUAGCGACGUCCGUGACCUUGCGGGACGAAUUCAGAAUUAUAUUCCCCAAGAGUUACAGUACAGCUGCCUGUACUGGUUGGAGCAUAUGUCGAGGUCUCCUGCUGAGGCUGUUUAUGAUAGCUCAAUAGAGCAGAAAUUGCUUCGCGUGUUUUGUCAGGCGACAUCGCUGUACUGGCUGGAAGCGCUGAGCCUCUUGUCGAAGUUGAAUGCAGCUGUAUCUAUUCUUCGGGAUCUUCCGUAUUUGCCAGAGUACUCUAAUAUGGACCAAGGACUUCGGAAAUCCACAGAAGACUUGUUCCGAUUCGUGAUGACGUAUUACGAGCCAAUGGCAGUCAGUGCACCACAUAUUUAUAUUUCAGCCUUACUCUGGGCACCAGCCGAGUCGGUUACUGCAAAAUUGCAUUGCGAGGACUUCGCCAGCGCUCAGCUAGUGGAUGAAGGGCUCGAAAGGUAUUGGCCUAUCACACUGCGAACGAUACCGGUGGGCUCCGACGUGACUUCAAUUGCAUAUUCUCCAGAUGGACGGCAUAUCGUCUCUGGAUGUGCUGACAGGACCAUACGCAUCUGGGAUGCUGAGACAGGUACUUCUGUCAGUGAACCACUCCGAGGGCAUGAGGGUUGGAUUCAGUGUAUUGCAUAUUCCCCCGACGGACGGUGUAUUAUGUCUGGAUCUGGUAACGGAACAAUCUGCAUCUGGGAUGCUCGGACAGGUGUUCGUGUCGGAAGGCCGCUUCGAGGGCAUGAAGAUUACGUUGUUUCUGUUGCCUAUUCCCCAGAUGGACGAUACAUAGUCUCUGGUUCUACUGAUAAAACCAUCCGCAUCUGGGAUGUUGAGACCGGUGUUCCCAUCGGUGAACCGCUUCGAGGGCAUGAGAGUUAUGACCAGUGUCUAACUUAUUCCCUAGACGGACGUCGCAUUAUCUAUGGAGCUCAUGACAUGAGCAUCUCCGUCUGGGAUGCUCAAACGGGUGUCCGUAUCAGUGAAUUCCUUCAAGAGAGUGAAGAUCGUGUCUGUUCUAUUGCAUGUUCCCCAGACGGACGCCGCAUGGCCUUUGGGAUGUCUAAUGGGACAAUCUGCAUCCGGGACACUGAGACAGGUGCUCCUGUUGGCGAACUACUGCAAGGGAAUGAUUGGCACAAUAGGUCUCUUGCAUACUCACCAGACGGAUGUCGUAUAAUCUCUGGGUCUGACUCAACCAUUUGCAUCUGGGAUACCAAGACAGGCGCUCCUGUCAGUGAACAACUUCCAGCCCAUGAGAAAGGGACCUGGUGUCUAGUAUAUUCUCCGGAUGGACGUCGCUUUAUAUCUGCAUCUAAGGACCAGACGAUCUGUGUAUGGGAUGCUCAAACUGGUGUUCGUGCCGGUGAACCAACUAGAGGGCAGAUACAAAAGGUCUAUUGUGGUGCAUAUUCUCCGGACGGGCGUCAUAUUGCCUUUGGGACUUUUGAUAAGACUGUCUGCAUCUGGGACGUGGCGACAGGUGCUCCUGUCGGCGAGCCGCUUCACGGGCAUGAAGCUCCAAUUACUUCUGUUGGAUAUUCCCCGGACGGUCGUCACAUUGUAUCUGGGUCUUAUGACAACACUCUACGCAUCUGGGAUGCCGAGAUGGGUAUUGCAGUCGGUGAGCCACUUCGAGGGCACGAGCAUUUCGUUUAUGCUGUUGCAUAUUCGCCGGACGGCCGUCGCAUUGUUUCUUCGUCUCAUGACCGCACCAUCCGUAUCUGGGACGCCGAGACAGGUGCUCCUAUUUGCGAACCGGCUCGAGGACAUACAAGCAACGUUUGGUCUGUUGCAUAUUCCCCAGACGGAUGUCGCAUUGUAUCUGGGUCCGAUGACAAGACGAUCCGCCUCUGGGAUGCUGAGACGGGUAUUUCAGUCGGUGAGCCGCUUCGAGGGCAUGAAGGAGGUAUCCAGUGUGUUGCAUACGCACCAGAUGGCUUUCACAUCGUUUCUGGGUCUUACGAUAGCACAAUACGCAUAUGGGAUGCUAAGAUAGGUGCUCCUAUUGGUGAGCUCUUUCGAGGACAGAAAGAUCAGGUCUAUUCUGUAGGAUAUUCUCCAGACGGACAUUGCAUUGUCUCCGGGUUUUUCAAGAUCAUCCGCAUCUGGGAUGCUGAGACAGGCGAUCCCAUUGGUGAACCGCUUCGAGGGCAUGAAUGGACCGUUCUUUCUGUUGCAUAUUCCCCAGACGGAAGUCGCAUAAUCUCUGGGUCCGCCGACAGGACAAUCCGCGUCUGGGAUGCCAAUUGUCACAUUCUUCUAGGCAAGAUGCAUGAAAGUCGAAGACGUUGGAUUGGCUUUCGGCAGGAUGGAACAUUUACUCUGUCAAGCUCUGAUACCAAUGACACGCUGCAGAGAUUACCUCCCUGUAUUCCGACUGACGGAUGGAUUCGAGACUCGGACGGUGGUCUCGUUCUGUGGGUUCCUUUUGAAUACCAGAAUGGCAUUUGUGAUAUGAGCCUUUUCACUAUUCCGCGCAACGCGAGAGGACAUCCUGUUAGGAUUGACUGGUCACGGUUGUCGCACGGAACUGCUUGGACUUCUGUGAAGAACAAGGAUUAGAUCAUAAUCUGUUCACUAGGCAGUGUUUGGACAAGAAAUGGAACUGGGCAGAUAGUAGCAGGACAGAGAGGAGAUCCAAUCAUUGCAAAUGUGAAACAGAAUAGGCAGCCUUGGAGGGCUUUGGUGUGUUGGGCAGAGUCAGAGGUGGGGGUGGGCAAGAGGUGCAGGAGGUACACUGAACAUGGCAGAUAUGUUCAAGAUGAUGGACAUGAGUGAUUGGGGAUUGAAUAAGACUAGCUCUCAACAGUAUGUAUUCCAGCUUUUUUGAAGCAAUCAACCCACC